AUGGCCUCAACAGCAGAGGCGUUUUCGCGCUUCUCAGCCUCGAGGCGUCCGAGUGAAGGAUCAACAACAUCAGCGCGCAGCGUCACUACUCAGCCAAACAAUGUCGACCAAGGCCGCCCAGACCCAGACGAUAUCCAAUUCGCCGCCCAGUGGCUCGCGCAACAGCAGCAGCAGCAGCAACAACAACAACAAAACAGCCAGCUUAGGCAGAUCGCCCCUGCACCACGGCCAGCGUCUCCCGAAUAUGUUCUCGCCGCCAGCGCUCUUCCGGUCCAGCCCGCUCGUGACUACUCGGUAGAGCCUGCGAUGCACAAUGGCAUGGGCUCGCAGUUUCGCUUCCAGCCGCAGCCUCAGAUGGUCCGACAGUCCCUUCCCGUCGACACCUUCAUGUCCGCCAACGGUCACCCCGGCCACCCCGGCCUCGCGAACCAGAUGAUGGAUCGCAAUGACAGCCCAGCUCCAGACUCGGGACUCGAGAUGGGCACCGCCCCGAACAGGUCGAGGUCAAAUACGAACAACGACCAGGAGAUGCGCGAGCUCUUCACAAGAAAUAGCCACCGGUCAUUGCAGGACGUGGCCACGGAACUGCAUGGCAAUGAGCGCGGCCCGAGCAGUGAGCGAAGCCGGCAGUUGUUCGCCAUGCUCUGGAUCAAAUCGUCUUGUCGAAAAGGCAAGACCUCAGUGCCGCGCAGUCGCGUGUACGCUAGUUAUGUCAAGCGAUGCGCGCAUGAGAAGAUUGCUGUCCUGAACCCCGCCAGCUUCGGGAAACUCGUCAGAGUAUUGUAUCCAGGGCUCAGGACACGUCGUCUUGGGGUGCGCGGAGAGUCCAAGUACCAUUAUGUUGACUUCGAGUUGAUCGAUGAAGACAUCGAUCUUGACGAGAUGCCGAGCCAGCAACCCGCUUCGGUCACGUCAGGCCCAAGUUUUGCUGAGAGCAUGAGGAUGAACAACACGACGCGACCAUCAACCGCUGCAGAAGUCGAGAAGCCCUCACUCUCUCCUGUUCAAGACGGCCCUGUUGAGGGUGCUAAGAUCGAAGCCCUGAGAGGCAGCGGUUCCCAUGAGCAUAACCAUGCUAUAUAUAACAACCCACAGGUACAGACGACAGCAGAGCUGGCCAUGACCGGAAGCAGAACCUCCAAGAUACUCUCGCUAAGGCUUGAAGACACGUCUCAAACACCGACGCGUCUCACCCUGCCUGCCAUCGAACCAUACCUUCCUCAAGGCACCGAUAUCGACGCUGCAAAAUCUCUCGAAGCGCUCUAUUUGUCACAUUGCACCUCGCUGAUUGAGUGCAUACGAUUUUGCAAGGAGAAGAAUUUCUUCCAUCUCUUUACUGCCUUCCAUGGCACGUUGACGGUGCCGGUGCAAAAGCUGCUGGCCAAUCCCGCCCUGGAGUCAUGGAUUGAACAGUGCGACCUUAGAAUGUACCAGAAUAUGAUGCAGAUUGUUUCCGUCGUGGCUUUACAGGUCAUUCCCCCGUACGGCCUGCAGAGCCUGCGCAACAUUUCAGAGAAGCUGGUGUCUCACAUUCGUCGGUCGUUUGAGGGCCAGCCUUACCACAUUUUCAGGGCCAAAGAGGCGCCUGCCGCUCUUUUUGCUGACCUGCUGGACCGAGCGCUGAGGGUCAACACGACGGCCCAUGCCACGGCCAACUUCCUGCACAAUCACGCGAACCGCACUCAGAUGUAUCUCGACUUUGUUACGUAUGUCCGACCUAGGAAGAUCGCACAAUGCGUGCCUGUGGAAGGCAUGGAAGAUGUCGUACAGCUGCUCGUCUCAGACAUCAGGCAGCUGCUCGAUCCUAGGGAUGUCCCGUGGGAAAUCGAGCGCUGCACGGUGCAAGGAGACUAUCAUCUCCAGAACCCGAAUCACGAGGAGCCCGAGAGCCAGGACUGGACAAGCUCCGCGAACAUCCUGGAUCGUUGGGUGGACUUCCUCAGAAACCUCCCAGGUCGAUUUCCAUACGCUUCAGCUGCAGAUAUCGUACUAUUUGUCCAGACAAUUGGCACGACAAUGGUGCGCGAUCUGACAAUCAGCAGCGCCGACAGCUUUGGAGCGUGGUGGUGCCUGAAGUGCUUUCUGGACGAGAUGGUCUGGUUCUUGGCCGAAAAGGGCGGGUUCAUGAAGCAGAACAGCACCAGGCCCGUCGGACCAUCGAAGAGGAAACAGGCUCAAGAUCCCACAGGAGAUGAGAAACGAAAGAGCAUGCGAUACAGCACCGGCAGCGCCAGCGAUGACCCGAUCCUGGCGCUAAUGGAGAGCGCGCAGCCAGUCCUCGGCGGAGCCCAGAAUGGCGACCAGCACGUGGUGCUUGACAUGAAUACGGCCAACUACGAUGAUAGCGGCAUUUCACUACGGAUGUCCGGCGAGGACUCACCAAUGAGCAAGUUCACGUCUCAUAUGGAUAGCCAGAGGGUACACGACGGGAGCCAAAACACCACGAACGGCUUGAGCUGA